GAAGGACCUUGAUUUGUUCUUGCAACGAACCACUGGAGCAGCAAGCACAAGUGCAGGCUGGUCCAACAGAAGCACGAACCGGAGUACAGCCGCAUGCACCGCACCGACGCAAGACGCGACGCUGCGGGAUGCUCCCAGGGGACUCGUUGGAGCGUCCGAAGACCGAGUGGCUGAUGCGCGUGUUGCGGCCUACAGGUGCGCACUCGACGUCGCCCUCUGCACGAAGAGGCCGCCGCGAGUGCAGCGAGGAUGUAAAGUGUCGAGGCGAGGGAAGGUCGCAGAGAGGCGGGAGAGAAAUUCAAGUAGUACGCCAAGACAAGGCGCGCUAGGUAGCGUCCGUAAGCUUGGGGAAAUCGCGAGCUGCAGCAACCACGGUCGCCAGACUCGCGCUGCCGACGCCUGGCCAUUUCCGACCCCUUGACGACACUGCGCGCCGCCUAACGCCAGUCCUGCCCAGCCGCGACGAUGACGAAGAAGCGCAAGAGAUACCCAGACCUCAACCAGAAGCUCGAGCGGCCAUGGUGCUUCUACUGCGAGCGCGACUUUGACGACCUGAAGAUUCUCAUUUCACACCAAAAGGCGAAGCACUUCAAGUGCGAUCGCUGCGGGCGGCGGCUAAACACGGCUGGAGGUCUCUCGGUGCACAUGAACCAGGUGCACAAGGAGAACCUCACGCACGUCGAGAACGCCAUCGGCGGGCGGCAAGGGCUGGACAUUGAGAUCUUCGGCAUGGAGGGCGUGCCCGCCGAAGUCCUCGACCAGCACAACCAGCACGUCACCCAGAAGCACUUUGCCGAGGAGGCCGAGCGCGCGCGCGUCACGGGCAACCCGGUGCGCGGCCAGUACGCGAACGGCCAGGCGCCGCCGCACAAGCGCAAGAAGGUCAACGAGACGCUGGAGGACAUUGAGGAGCGCGCAAACAAGUUCCGACACGACCGCCAGAACGGCAUCCUUCCCGCGCCGCCCGUCGACGCCGCGCCGCCGAAUCCCACACCGCCAGCAGCCGCUCCCUACGGCGCACCGCCCAUCGCCUUUGCUGGCGCCCCAGCGUACCCGCCUCAACCCGCGCAGUCCUUCCCCAUCAACGGCGCCAUGCCGCCGCGGCCAGGCAGCAUCCCCGGGCAGGCGACCGCCCUGCCGCCACGACCAGGCUUCGGCGCGUCGCCCACACCGGCCCAGACGGGCGCGAUACACGCGUCGGUGGACGACCUCAUCGGGUCCGUUGCGGGCGAGGCGCCGGACAAGAAGGAGGAGAAGAAGAGCAAGAAGAGCACGAACAUCAAGCUCAUCUUCUUCGACGAGAGCAUCAGUCCCGAGGAGAAGAUGGCGCGGCUGCCGCGGUUCGCCGAGUUUGCAAGGGCGUAGCACUGGGUGGACUGGGGGAUUGGAAACAACGUGCGUGAUUGCGAAAUGGCUUGGAGGCCGCAUCUGCGGGCGAAAGCGAGACCUGUCACGGUGCAGACACAUUCCAGGCGUUUACCAGCCUUGGCGCGCGAUCCAGCUGAGGAUGCACCUGGGCCAGCGAUGCUCACACGGCCAACGCCGCCGCCGCCGUUCGAGGUGGACUGACAGGCAUGCAACACGGGUAGAUCAGCAAAGCAACGUAGUGGCAGAGACGGCAAUAGAAAGUACUGUGCAUUCGCUCCUGCGCCG